AUGGCAUCCAACAUAAUAGGAAAGUCCAGUCGCGUGUACGUUCCGGGCGAGGUGCUCCAGCACCAUCAUAAGGACCACAAGCUUAGCAUCUUCAAAGCGCAGUCCGAACAUGAGGUUUUCGUCUUCAAGCGCGUACCCAGGUCGUUCUACGAUUUGUCUCUACGUCUCGCAGCCGAGUUUGCAGGCUCCCGUCGGCUUCGAAUGCACAUCGAUUGCAACCAGGAAGAAUGCAUUCUAAUUUAUCCCUAUUUCAGAGGCACCCUCCUGUCCUUGAUCCAGGACGAGCCGGGCCUUCAUGUGCUAGAACGAAAGAAAAUCAUGCGACAUACAGGAGAAGCAAUACAAGAACUUCAUUCCAAAGACUGGAUCCAUAUUGAUGUGAAGCCUGACAACAUUUUGGUUAAUUGGACCUGCGACGAACAGGGCAAUGUAACAGUCACUAAUGUAGCCCUGGGUGAUUUUGAUAUUGCUUAUAAGUCGGAAAACGGAGAACUUCGUCAGACACCUUAUGCAAUAGGCAAUGCGAUGUGGCGAAGCCCAGAAGGACAGACGGGAAUGGGUGUUACCAAGGCAUCCGAUAUAUUUUCGUUUGGACUCGUAUGCAUAUAUGCCCUCGGGGGCGGAGAACUCCUGCUUUUAAAUGAUUACCAGGAGCUAGCAAAAAGGGGUAUACCCCCGGAACAAGAGAUUUUGAUUCGACACUUUUCGUAUUUUGGGCUAGUCCCCGAAGGGCUCCUUCAGCAAGUCAAUAGUGAUGUUUGGCGUGAUGCUUUGAUGGAGGCGUCAGCAGCGGCUGAGAGCGCAGUCAAGGACCAGCCUGAGAUGAAGUUUGAACAUUGGGGGAGGGAAAUUGGUCCCGAGGCACAGAGCAUGAUAUCUACAAUGGUAAACCCAGAUCCAUCGACUAGAGCAAUGAUAGAUGAAGUCUUAGCGCAUCCAUGGUGGCAGGAUGAUUCUUAA